AUGCUCCAAAAGUCCGCCACCGUCUCUACCAACAUUAACUCCGAUGCAAAGACGGAUGAGUUCCUGGACCCUACUGACGAGAACUUCUUUGCUGCUCUCCAAGAGGCAGUGGGCGAGGUGGGCGGAGUGGAGUCGGCUGAGGCAGAGUUCGAGGCGGAGAAGCGUGCAGUGAACGAGGAGGAGGCACUGAAGGAUGUAGACACCUUCCUGCAUGGGUGGAACCAAUUGACUAGCCUUGGCACCGAAGUAGUGGAGGGGGAACUCCAGGACAUGCGCCCAGGUGAUCAUAAGGUCAAGGGUGAAUGA